CUCUUUUUCUUCUCCCUCUUUUUCUUCUCCCUCUUUUUCCCCUCUCCAGUGCCAGCCUCUGCCAGGGCUGUCCCAUCCCACCAACAAUUCUGAUUCCUGGAACCUAUACAGUGCACGCCGCAUCAUCAGCCCCUCGGAUAUCAAGGGAUCAAGGGUCUCUUUGCUGCUGCACCGAGCCCGAUCGUUACUGUGCCCACGGUGGUGGGGUCUCGUCGGCUAGACCCACUGUAGCUGCACCUGAACCUGGUUGCGGAAGCACUGGCGGGGGGUCAGACGCGCGCGUCUGGGCCGCCAUCAGCCGACUCCCACUCCAACUGAGGCUUCCCCACCACGUCAAGCCGGCCAUGACGUCCGCUGCUGUUUCAUUCUGGGCUGUAUAAUAUCCCAUUCACUCCCAUCAAUCGCUUGUGUCUCCCUCUCCCCCUCCUUCCCACGUCUCGAACGGUCUGGCCCCUGAUCCUACCGCGCCCACUCAAAGUCUUUUCCACGCCUCCCGGCGCUCUACAAGCCUCCCACCCGACGCUCAUCUGGCUGGGCGAAGGGGUGCGGACCGUUUCUCAAACGGCCUCCGCCAUCCUCACGUCCCGUCGGAACACGUUUCAACCCACGCCUCUACUGUCCUGCCAGCUGCUCCCCCGGCAGCACCCAUCAUGGCGCCACCGGCCUAUAUUUUUGUCGUGAGGCAUGGCAACAGGCUCGAUGUCGCCGACAGGAACUGGCAUCUCUCUUCUCCAACGCCCUACGAUCCCCCCUUGACGUACAGCGGAUGGGCCCAGUCGCGGGCCGUCGGCACCCGGAUCAGCAACAUCCUUAAAGACCGCUCGGCCCAAGAGGCAGACCCGCCCCAGCCCAGCCAGAAACCCCAGAAGCCGAAGCGAUACCGUAUCGUCAUACACAGUUCGCCCUUCGUGCGAUGCCUACAAACGUCGAUUGCCAUCAGUGCCGGGCUGAUGGGAAAGCCGUCGCUACUCGCUCCAGCCGAGCGAAAACUGUCCCCGGCGCAGGUGGGCCAGCUGGCUGGCGCUGAAACAGCACAGACCAAUGGAUCCACCACGCGGUCGAAACAGAGGCGGACGUCGAUCGUGGGCAAGAAAGCAGUGCUGCGCAUAGAUGCGUUUCUUGGCGAAUGGCUGUCUCCCAGCUACUUCGAGCUCAUCACCCCGCCCCCCGGCUCGGUCAUGAUGUUGGCGAGUGCGAAGGCGUCACUGCUCAAGGCCGAAGACUACAAGAGCUACCCCCACCUACAGACUCGGUCUCAUUCCAAUGCCUCUGUCUCAGUGCGGCCGCUCAGAAGCCAGCUUUGGGCGGGGUCACCCACAAGGUCGGUCUCUCUUUCAUCAGCACCGUCCGCCAGCGCCGUAGAGGACGCUGCAACACCCUCGCCGCUCCAGAACAUAGCUGGCGUGAAGGACUCUCUUCCCGCGCCCACUGGUGCCGCUCCUGUCAUCGAAGUGGGGGCCUAUGACCCUCCCGUGCCUACUUUCUCCAUGCCCAAAAGCGCGACCAUCCCGGCCGGCUACGUCAACCACGCGAAAGAUGCCUGUGUUGUCGUUGACUACCAGUGGGACUCGAUGCGGCCCCCUUACAACUGGGGUGACGGCGGCGAGCUUCCAGAAGACUGGCCUGACAUGCACAAGCGGUUCAAAAAGGGACUCCAAGAACUAGUGGACUGGUACACCAAAGCGGACGACCCUGCUUCGGCUGUAACAACCGAGUACCUGAAACCAGGUGCGGAUGGUCUUAUCCCCGCACAGGCCGAGAAUGAGGAGGACGAGAAUGUGGAGACUGUUGUGAUUGUGGUGUCGCACGGUGCCGGCUGCAAUGCCAUGAUUGGAGCCAUCACACACAUGCCCGCACUCAUGGACGUCCCGAUAUCUUCCCUUAGCAUGGCCGCCUUGAAGAAGACCGGUCAGGCUCCUAACGGAGUAAGCCCACGAGCCACAGAAGGCAACGUCCCGCUACACCAGACGUACGACCUCCUGCUUAACGCGAGCACAGACCACUUGCGCUCUGCAGCGCCCACACCGAAUCCCUCCCCUUCUGCCAGCAUGGCUAGCGUCUAUGGUGGCUACGGCGCCGGGGCUGCGCGCGUGCGAGCUUCGAACUCGUUCUCGUCUCCGUCUGGCAGCGGCACCUCGGCGACCCAUAUGGAGGGCCUUAACAGGAGCUCUUCUAUCAGCGGAUCUGUCGCCUCCAUCCGUAGAGGUCUGCGCGACCAGGCUGCGUCGAGCCGUACGCCGUCGGGCCUGUCGGUAGGAUUAUGGUCACCUGCUCCCAAGGCGGACUUUGAAUUUGACCUAGUGGACGAGGAAGCCAUCGAGUUUGAUGCGAAACAGCCCCCCUCACCGCGAUCAUCAAGGGAAGCCCAUGAGCACAGCGAUGAGCUCGACGACCAGUUGACCCACCUCCCCAAACGCUCUACCCGUGCGAGUCUUGGUGGCAAGGGUCUUUGGAUUUCUGACGGUGGCGUUCCUACACCGCCCACCAUUCCGGCCACCGGCCCGGUGCGCGACCAGGGCUCUUCCAAGAGACGAUGGACUGUGACUGCUGAGCGUCCCUAGGAGGGCGCCAGGCAAACCCACAGGUCCGUUUUUCACGAGCGACGCUGGUCGAAUCUGCAGAGCAGGCGAGGUACCUAGGAGGAUCCCGUGCCCGCGGGAGGCGACGGCGGCUGCGCGAAGGAUGUUGAUGGCUGUGCCCACGUGGGCGAUUCUGCCCCUGAGGAUGACGACUACGGAAUCGACUUCCCCGGAGAACGGCGCGGUAGCCGCGGUGACGUGGAGCCUCGGGGCUUCUAGGCUGGCAGUGUGGCUGCGUGAUCGCGGCGACUUUUCAUGUGCAUAUCGUUUUCGGUCGGUAAUCAUGCAUGUCAGUGUGUGGUUGUGUGUAUUUGGCAGCAAAAAGCAACACGACAGCUCCCCUAAACAGUUUGUAGUAUAAACAGUAUAAGCAAAUAUGUACGAAUAUGUACGAAUCCCGAGGAUUAGAUUUGACAACGCCGCGGGUUUGUACCUGUCGAAUCUCAAAUGCGUACUAACAACAAGAUUCGCCCCCACAAAAAAUGGCUUUAAGUUUAUACAUGUAUUUAUAUGACCUUUUUUCUCUUUUUCUUCCUUUUUCCUUCUCUUUUCCUUCUUCCCUUCUUUUCUUCUAGUUCGUAGUCCUGUUUUUAAUCUAUCCUCGUCUUAUUCUUUUUCCAAAAUGCAGGGGUCAUGCUAUCGUAGGAACAACUUUAACAAUCGCG